CAAAAUGGCGGCGCCCAGCAGCAUGACUCGGCUGUUGGUGGCUUUCAAUCGAUUUGAAAGAGCAUUUCGCCAGUGGAUUGGUAUCCAUCCACCUGCAGGUUUUCAAGGAGCAUUAGUGUGUGAUGUUCAUCAUAUUGAAAGUAAUCCAAACCAGACUUCAGGGUCCAUGAAAUCGUUGCUUGAUGAUAUAUUUAGCAAUACUUUAUUUGCUGUUCCUAGAAAUCGCAGAUCGAAAGAGAUACGAAGGACACGGAAAAUGCAGAUUACAGGACAUUAUGAAUAUGCAUUACCAAAAAAUAAUAUUGUAUCCUGUUUAGAAUGUGGUCAUUGGCAUGAAAAACAGACCCUUUGUGGCAAUUGUUAUGAUAAAGUGAGAAAAGAAACUGAAGAAAUGCAGGAAGCCAUGGGUACAGACACCUUAAAAUAUUCACAACCACAAUCAGAAGUAAUGUUUUUGUAUGAGGGCGAGGAAACAGAGAAUGUGAAGGGAAAAUAUGUUGUGAAAGUCGACAAGGAAAGGCCUGGAUGGUUUUCUAAAAAUCUGUUAACUAAAAGAACUAUUGGUGGAAGUGACAGUUAGCCUUAAAGCACAAGGAGAAAUGUUUUCUAUAAAUAAACAAAUCAUUUAUUAGUCCAUUUGACAACUAUUUGUGAGAGACCACAUAUCUUCUAAUAAAUUUUCAAUAAACAAAAAAAAGAGUAUUUUAAAGUGCUAGAAUGAUGUAGAAUUUGUUGUACAUAGCCUUGUGUAUUAGUUUACUAAGAAUUAUUAUUUCACCCAUGUAGUUAAAGUUCAGUAAACAAAUGUUUUGUGGAAAAUAAAUUUCUCUUCUUCUGAA